AUCCUUGUCAAGUUGUUUGGAACAUUUAUCCUGUUGACGACCGAGGCGUCUACCUGCGUGAUGGUGAAAUCACCGUUUACCGUGCCACUACUUCUCAGUUGGGUGGUUUGACCAUGGCCCCUGAAGCCCACAUUAUUGAUGGUUCUACAGGUAACUUUGCUGGUACCGUUGUAGGUAGGGACUAUACUUGGUUCAACUUGGGUGCCGGUGUUGAAAUCCACGAUUACCACGCUAUUGGCGGCACCUGCGAUGCCUUCGAAGGAUGUAAUCCCCAUCCUGAUCAUAAUGCCUCCGACUGUACAAAUACAAUGACAACUACCUCUACUGCUACUACUACGCAAGUAAUCCCAAUUACCACUACAUCGGAAGUGGUCAUUCCUACAACCACUACGCAAGUAAUUCCAGUUACGACAACUGAGGAGGUGCCAGUACUUAUUACCACCACAGAAAUAGUACCUACUACCACUACGCAAGUAAUUCCAGUUACCACAACUGAGGAGGUGCCAGUACCUACUACCACUACGCAAGUAAUUCCAGUUACCACUACUGAGGAGGUGCCAGUACCAACUACCACUACGCAAGUAAUUCCAGUUACCACAACUGAGGAGGUGCCAGUACCUACUACCACCACAGAAAUAGUACCUACUACCACUACGCAAGUAAUUCCAGUUACCACAACUGAGGAGGUGCCAGUACCUACUACCACUACGCAAGUAAUUCCAGUUACCACUACUGAGGAGGUGCCAGUACCAACUACCACUACGCAAGUAAUUCCAGUUACCACAACUGAGGAGGUGCCAGUACCUACUACCACCACAGAAAUAGUACCUACUACCACUACGCAAGUAAUUCCAGUUACCACAACUGAGGAGGUGUCAGUACCUACUACCACUACGCAAGUAAUUCCAGUUACCACUACUGAGGAGGUGCCAGUACCAACUACCACUACGCAAGUAAUUCCAGUUACCACAACUGAGGAGGUGCCAGUACCUACUACCACCACAGAAAUAGUACCUACUACCACUACGCAAGUAGUCCCUAUUACCACUACAUCGGAAGUGGUCAUUUCUACAACCACCACAGAAAUAGUACCUACUACCACUACGCAAGUAGUCCCUAUUACCACUACAUCGGAAGUGGUCAUUUCUACAACCACCACAGAAAUAGUACCUACCACCACCACAGAAAUAGUACCUACUACCACUACGCAAGUAGUCUCUAUUACCACUACAUCGGAAGUGGUCAUUUCUACAACCACCACAGAAAUAGUACCUACCACCACCACAGAAAUAGUACCUACUACCACCACAGAAAUAGUACCUACUACCACUACGCAAGUAAUUCCUACAACCGUUACAAAUACAAUUACUAAUGUGCUUACGGAUACAAUAACAAAUACAUUAACAAUACCUACAACUACAACUGAUCUAGUUACAACAACAACAUCAACAACAGUAACUGAAACAGCAGCAGUUACAGCACUACCUCAACCGUUAUAUGAUACUAAUAGUGGUCGUUGUGUGCAAUCAACUGGUACUAGUCCUGUUGUUAGAUUUAUUAGCAACACUGCAAUUACUCCGGAUAAUUGUUAUUAUGCAUGUUUGGGUUCAGGUAAACUGGAUGGUGUGGCUCCGUGGUAUAUUGGAUUAGGAAAUAAUGUAACUAUAACAGCUAGUAAUUUUAAUAUGAAUAGUAAUAACUAUUAUGUAUGUCACUGUAUCAAUUAUAUCCCAACACCAGCUGUUGCUGCCACUACAUGUGUUAAUAAUGUAGGCAAUUAUGGUAACGCUGAUCCUCCUUCUCUCUAUGUGUAUAAUGUAACAAAUUAAAAAUAUUAUUUAGACAUAAAAAUAUUAUUUAGACAUAAAAAUAUUAUUUAGACAUAAAAA